GCUCAAAUCAAUUGCUUUACCAAUUUCAAACCUUGGAAUUAUGUGCAAAUAUUUUAAUUCUAAUCAUGCAAUGCAAGAUUGCAACUCAUAAAAUCAAGUUGUCAUGAUUGGUUGCUUCAUGCCCAAAGCUGCCUGUCAGUUGAAUGGAGAAGCCUGAAAAUGGAUUAGCUUCUUCAUUCAAAUUUAAUGACCGACCAACUAGUGAUGUUGUUGUUAGGCUGCGGACUCCUGAAGCUCGUGAUGAGUGGUUAUAUUGCCACUCCUCCAUCCUUGUCAAGAAAAGCAAGUAUUUUGCUGAUCGUCUCUCUGACACUUGGCCAACAUGUCAGAUCCUUGAUGCGCGCAGCUGUGUUGAGGUUCAUUGCCAAGAAUCUGACUUUGACUACAAUAUCACUCUCCUACGUCUCCUCUAUGUUCCUGACAGCUUGAUUUCUGAAAGUUGGCAUGGAGUUCGAAACACCCUUGGCAUCCUUCGAGUGGCUGUUGAACUUGGAUGCCCUCAAAUUAUUACUUCUUCGGUAGAGUAUUUGGAAGCUGUCCCUUGGGAAGAGGCUGAGGAGGAGGAAAUUCUACAUACCAUACCAGUCAUUGGACCCACAGCUAACUCGAUUUUAGCCCGCCUCCAACCAGUAGAUCAGGGAGCCAUUUUGAGGAUAUUUAUGUCAGCCAUUCGAUUUGCCACUUCAUCACCACCUUCAUCAUUGAAGGAUCUCAAAACUUCGGCCCAAGAGCAACUAGAGUACAUGCUUGCUGAGGAUGAUGAUGCUCCACUUCUCACUUCAUGUGAUGAGCUGAAGUUAGAGGUGAGAGACUGUAUUAAAAGACUCUUAUUGAGAUUUAGUGUUCUUCUAGAAUCUUUAUUGAACGAGCUUGAAGCAACAGUUGUUGCGGCUGAAAAGUUUGAGCUGCUACAAUCAUAUUUAUCGGAUCUAUCAUGGGCAUGUCAGAUAUCUGCUAAACUUGAAAUAAUGAGAGAUUUAGUGAUUUUUUGGCUAGAGGUUUCUGAUAUGAUUGUCAAGCUUGUUGUGAAAGCAAGUUUAGAAGUAGAAACGCUUGAGACAAAGAUGAAGGUGAUCGAGGUAGCAACAAAAGUAUUAGAAGCAGUCGGGUAUGGAAAUGUUAUUUUGCCAACUGCAAAGAGGCUUCACAUGGUAAAGUUAUGGCUCCCCUUUGCAAGAGUUACAAAGCCUUUGAUCGAUACUGCUCCAUCUGAUACCGAGGAGGAUAAUUUGAAGCUGAAAAUAGAUUGUGAGGUGUGGCAGACCUUGGAGUCUGCAUUUGUUUCAGUCAUACUUGCGUUGCCAUCACGGGAUCAGGCGGAGAUUUUAACAGAAUGGUUGGAUAAUCAACAUAUUCAGUAUCCCGACUUAACUGAGGCAUUUGAGGUAUGGUGCUAUAGGUCUAAGGUUGCCAAAAAGAGAUUGGCACCGUUUGCUGCAUCAUUAUCGUAGAAAUUGCAAUGUGUUUCAUCAAUACUAUGCUUGUCCAAAAUUAGCAUGUUAUGACUAGUAUGAUGGGUUGCUCCGACUAGUAGCUAAAUUAAGGUAGAAUUGGAUACUUCUGCCUGCAGAAGCUUGGGUUUAGUAACAGUCAGUGUAUGUCAUGAAAGAUAGUGACAGUGAUACUACUACUCCGACUGAUAGGAUGUUAGCACUGGCAUUAGCUGUAGGAAGAAGAGUCGAGGGGGUUCACUGGGAACAUUGAGGGAUAGGAAGGCCGGAGGAGGUGGUAAGAGUUAUUAAAUGUGUAAUUUGGAUCAACUGUAUUGCUCUAGUAAGUUAUUGAUGAAUAAACUUGUGAGUUGAACCA